UACCUACACUAGCCACAUCGUGAAGGCCAACGUGCACUUCGGUUAAAAUUAGGAAUUUAGCCCUGUUGUAUGCACGUGGAUCAUAUAACACAUCUAGUUUUGUUCAAUAAUUGCUAUUGUUUGUGGCUACAGAUUAUUUCAAGCGAUUGUUUGAUUUAUUAAUCGUGUGUUUUGGGGUAGAACAACCUUUCUUGACAGUUUAUUAUAAAGAUGUGGGGAGGGAAGCUGAUAGCUGGUGGGAGAGGGAGGGCGCUAGCUGGGCGCUCUAUAGAAAGUGAAGCGGCGCGGACUGGGCGCGGAGGCGGGCACUGUUCGCAUUCACGAGGCAUUUUCGCUUGUGCGGUUGAUUAUUGAUAUUUCUGUUAAGACGUUAAUACAAUGUGAGCGAGUUUGGUCACCGGCUCAGAGCAUUCAGUUCAUGGAUCAGUAUGUCAAGCAAAAACAAGAACGGAAAGAUGUUUUUCAGAAAUCUACCAUAUUACGCAUUUGCAGUCGGAUUUUUAGCAUUUGGUGUGGGAUUCCUUCAUAUUUAUCAUGUAUCAACAUUAUUUGAAAAUGAUAGACAUUUUUCUCAUCUUUCAACUUUGGAAAGAGAAAUGGCCUUUUACACUGAAAUGGGUUUGUAUUAUUCAUAUUACAAAACCUUGGUGGAAGCACCAUCAUAUAUGGAUGGUCUUUUAAGCAUUAUGUAUGAUAAUAAAACUGAAUAUCCAUCAAUUAUCAAUACAUUGCAGAGGUUUAAUUUAUACCCUGAGGUGGUUGUGGCUUUCUUUUAUCGAGGAUACCUACGUGCUGCAGAAGAUAUGAACUUCACUACCAAACAUUGCUGGCAAGUUGAUCGAGGAAAUGGUCUAAUGCCUGUGCUAAGUUGUGAAGGUCUUGGUGAUCCUGCUUAUUUUUAUUUAGAAGCUGUAUGGAUAUGUGCUGGUUUGACGAUGACAGUAGUGUUUUUAUUUGGGCAAAUGCUCAGUGGAAGUAUUGUUGGUGGAGCACUUUCAGUUAUAUCCUUCUUUUACAAUCAUGGAGAGUGCACCAGAGUUCAAUGGACACCACCCCUGAGAGAAAGCUUUGCAUAUCCAUUUUGUUUGUUACAAAUGCUAGCAUUAACAAAAGUAUUACAUUUAGGAAGUAGUCCAGAAAAUAGAAACCAUUCCAUAUUGCUUCGCAAGGUCUUGUUUAUAUGGAUUCCAACAUGGAUAUUUUUAAUCUUGUGGCAGUUUGCACAAUUUGUCCUUACCACCCAGUUGCUUGCUGUGUUUUUCUUGUAUGUGUUGGGUAUUAUUAAAAGAAACACAUUUCUUCCAAUUAUUUAUGGAUAUGCUUUAGCUGUGUCUCAUGCAGCUUUCAGCCUUUUUGUCAAUGAGUUCCUAAUAUUUUCAUUUCUUACUACUACACUGAUUGCUAUAAUGGUUCUGUCAAUGGGCUUGUUACCUGUGUUGAAGAACUAUUCCUAUUUGUCAAGGGUGCUUAUUCUGUGUAUGCUAACUCCAAUUUUGACAAUCGUUAUCAAGUCACAAAUGGUGUACUUCUCUGGAUAUAAAGAUGAUAUGCAUAUUGUGAAUCUUCUGAAGGCCAAGUUUUUGGGAUAUAAAGAUUUCCAUACAUUAUUGUACACCUGCUCUGCUGAGUUUGAUUUUAUGCCUCUAGAAUUUUUCAAAAAUGUAACUAAAACUCUUCUUUUGCCUUCUGCAAUUCUUACUAUCACGCUUGUUUUGUACUCCUGGACUAAAACACUUUCCAUCAAACCAAAGCAGGAGAAAACGGAAACGAGCUUGAUGAUAAAAUUGCGAUCUGUAGAUCCUGUUGUUGCCUACAACAUUCUACAGUUGAUUGCAUUUGGAAUUAUGGCAGCUUUAAUCAUGCGGCUUAAAUUAUUUUUUACACCUCAUCUAUGUUUGAUAUACAGUCCAUGGCGAUCCCAAGAGCUUCGUCUAGCCUUUGUUUUUCUCUUGAUCAGUGGAAUGAGCGUGAGAGGAUUUCAGAAUUUAAAGGAACAGAGAGAUAUUCUUGGGGAAUAUUCCAAUGUUCCUAUGGAACAACUUUUAAAUUGGAUCAAUUUAAAUACAAAAACAGAUGCUGUUUUUGCAGGACCCAUGCCUCUAAUGGCCAAUGUCCUUUUGUCAACUAGACGACCAAUUGUUAAUCACCCACAUUAUGAAGAUGCUAGUCUUAGAGCAAGAACUAAAAAUGUUUACAGUAUUUUUAGCCGCAGAACUCCCCAAGAAGUAUAUGUUACUUUGUCACAAAUGAAUGUUGAUUAUGUGAUUUUAGGAGAAACAUGGUGUUUUGGAGAAAGCAAAAAAGGAUGCCGUACUAAAGACUUAUGGGACAUUGAAGAACCAAAAAAUAUCCAUCGACCUGCAGUUUGCCCAAUUCUCUUUCAUGGGAAUCCAUCACCGUUUAUUAGAGUUUUCUCUAAUGAUGUAUAUGUUGUAUUAAAAGUUCAUUCCCAGUCACAGUAUGUGGAACUUCAGACCCCAAUGAUAUUUUCUCAGUAAAGAAAAGAAUGGAAGAAAAAUAUAUCAGAAAUUGCCACAGUGUAAAUAAGGAGGAAUGUAAUAAUGGGUGCUUAAACUUUUAAGGAUUUGGAGAGAUUUCUAAUCAAGAGCUCAUAUUCUGAAGCAGUGCCAACGUAUGAUGAAGAGGCAAUAUGUUUCAUUUAAUCUCAAAUAUAAGUGAGAUUUUGAUAUUUAAGAGCUGUAAAAUUGGUGAAGUUAUUCCUCUAAAUAUUGAAAAUAGCUAUUUUAAAAGUGCAACAUUUAAAAAUUAAGAUUAAUCUGCAUUACCUCAUUCCAAAUAGAAAAACAACAGUGAGCCAUGCAUUGGUGUGUUAAGUCUGAAUGCAGAGGACAUCAUCUGAACUUUCCCUUAAAGUAAUGCAUUCUUCUAUUAUUUUGCCAAUUUUUAAAUAUGAAAAUUGUGGCACUUGAGAUUGUGAGAAGUUAUACUGAACUUUCAAAGCAUACUUGUGUGACAGACAUUUCCAAUGUUAGAAGUGUAUGUGGUGUGGUUAAUAGAUAUUUUCUUUUGUUUAAAGUAGGAGGUGAGUUUGUUAAUUUGUAGUCAAAUUGAUAUGCAACUAUUUCAGGCUUACCUUCAGAAUAAUUAUUCACUCAUUUCUUUGUGUAUUUAUUCUAUAUGUUGAAAUUUAAAGAAUUGCAUCAUAAUACUUUACUGCUUGAAGUUCAUUUUUAUUGCAAUUCUAUUCUGAAGAUAAUUCAUUUAAAAUGAUUUAUUUAAUUAAUAAAAUUAAUAUAAUUAAUAAAUUUAAAAAUACAUUGACUAAGAUAUUGAUGGGUAUUAGAAUAUAUCCUUUUUGUUGCAUGCCCUUCCUAAGAUAGUGUUUUCAUUUUUUAAAAUCAUUCCUAGUAUAUAAAAUAAAAACAAGGUUCACUGGAUACUUCGUGUUUGUCAUUAAAUCUUGUGUUAAUUUAGUAUCUACUCUUAGAAUUUAUUAAUUCUAAUUUUUAAAAAUGGUUAUAAUUAAUUUUAUUGAUGAAAACGGAUGUAAUGCUUAUCAGUGGUAAAGAAUUAAUGUGCUCAACUUAUUUGUGGUGCUGUAAAAAGUCUUAAUAAUGUUAUACUAUCUAAAACUGCAUGAAGUAUGUGUUGCAGUUCUAUUAUAUUGUUGUGUUUAGCAAUUGACCUUUAUUUUUUGUCCUUUUUCACUAAAAUAUUGCAUGUAAAAUUCUAUUCAAGGGCAACUUACUUUUACUAAUAACUUAUUUAUGAGUACAGAUGAAAUGUUCGAACAAAUUCUCGAAUUUGACAUAUCUUGAUAUUUCACAAAAUCAGAAGGUUCAGUACGUGUUGUGAAAUAGUAACUUCAUUUAUAAAAUGCACAUUUUAAUUUGUUGCUAUUAUCUCUAAAUGAACUGUUGGAUUCUGUGUUAAUAGUCUUAUGACAUCUAAUGUCAAGAUGGAAUGCAAUAUGAUCAAUUUGUAAAUAUGUACAAUGGUGAUGUGUCAGUUGCAUAAUAAAGUCAUAAUUAAUACUGUUAAAGUAGAUUCAAAUAAUUUUAUUCUUAUUGUUAUAGAAAUCUGAUGUUAGUUUGUCACUCAUAAUGUUACUUGUUGGCUGUAUGUACUUGGAAACGGUACUUUAUUGUGAUAUUAUCAAAUUCUAAUAUCUGCAAGUAUCAAAUUAUCUAUAAUACAUGUAGAAACUAAAUUACUUCUGUAGUGCCAUCUGUGAAAAUAUUUGUGUUACUAACACAUUAACGUGCAUUUUUAACAAUGUCAGAAUUAGGUCAAAUGCUGUAUGUUAGAUUCAAUAUAUUCUUAUCCCAGUAAAAGAAAGGUUGAUGAAACAUUCCUGUUCUUUCAAAAAUGGAAUGCAGUGUAUUUCCUCUCCAUUUGUGCUUGCAAAGCAAAUUGUUUCACCUUACUUGAAGUGGAGUCAAAAUAGAUUGAAGGAGUUUUAAUUCUUUCUCAUCAGAAGGUAUGUCAAAAAUUAAAUGUAAAAUGAUAACGAAGAAAACUAGUCGCGUUACAAUGUGAAGAACAUAUAAGAAAGUACAUACUUUCUCACAUUUGUAACAGUUAUGUCAAAUUGUAAUACCGCAAUGUCUGUCCAUAUUAACACAUCUCAGCCAUAACUUGUAAAACUUGUUACUAAUCAGAACGCAUGAAGGCAAAAACUUAAUUCAUUUGAGUCUAGUACAUCAAUACAAAUUUGACAAUUGAAAACUGCAUUCCAUUCACCGAGAAACACUGCCCAACAAUGAGACUUUUUUGAGAAUUUCAAACUGCAGCUGAGAAUUUCUAAUUUUUGAUCUAUUUUUGAAGAACAAAUUUCUCUAAAUGAAAAAUCUGGCAUCAAUAUAGUUGUUGUGCAAUAUUUAAUAUUUGAAAUUUUGUAAAAUUCUCAAAUGGGACCAUCGCUAUUGUUUCAACCUUGGUUUGUUCUAUUCCUGAAAAAAUUAAGAAAAAAUUUGGAGUUUUUUUUUUGAGAAAAUAAUUUUUCAAAACCUCCCUAUACUUCAAGCUUAAUUUUGCAAAAACUACUAAAAGAUUGAAAACUGUAGAUGACCUUAUUUAAAGAUUCAACUUUGUAGAACAGAUUUCAAUUCGAUAAAUUGGUCUUACUUUAAUAUUGUAGUUAUAGAAAAAUUGCCAUAUUUGCUGCAGAUAAUACUUCCUUUACACUACAUAAGAAGUAUGUGAGAAAGUGAAAAUGACUCCACUUCAAGUAGUGCUUAUAAGUGAAAUAAAUGUGACUUGAUAAGAAAGUGAAAAAGAAAUGCAUUGUAUUUGGGAGAGAUAUAUAUACAACAGAGAGUAGAAUAUUUCAGUGAAGGACAUGAAAAAGCAGUGUUUUUCAAGUCUCAACUCUCUAACAAGUUUUUUGUUAUUAAUUUGUGAUUGAUUCAAAACUUUUAGUUCUUGAAAUACAGAACUGUGUAAAUUGCUGGAAAACUUGAAGAAGUAGUUAUGUGAAGGAGAAACCAGUAAUGUUACCAAAUACUAACCAAAUAUGAUUGGCAAGACUUCUUUUUGAUUAAAAAUCAGUGACAAGUAAAUAAAAAUGACGUAUAUUAGUGUUAUAUUUACAUUAUAGACGGAAUUUUUAUACAUUUAAUAUUUUGACAUUUUAUGAAAAGGAUCAUGAAAAGGUAUUGUUAUUAUAUAUAUAUUGUUAUAUAGGUAUAUUUGACCGCCAUUUUCUAACUUAAAUAUGUUUUUUGCAAAGAAUGGUUGUCUUUGGGAUUGUUUGCACUAUUAGUUCAGUUUUUCCUAGUUGAAAAUUGAAAGUUUGUGAGAAUGCAUUUUAAUUUUAAACAUUGUGCAUUGCAUGUCAAAGGAAAUUGAAUUUCAUUUUGUGCACAAAUAUUAAUUACCAAAGAAAAAUGCAUUUAUUAGUCAUAAUAUUGCAUGUUACUGUCAAACGAAUUCAUUUAUGAUACAAGUUUUAAUAUUGCACUUACAGUAUUUUACAUUAUUAAAUGAGAUUUUUAUUCUCUGGUGGAGCAUAAUGAAAACCAAUAGGGAGCACCCAGUGAAAAGGUAAACGAGUUGAUGGUAGGCCUACUCUUUAGGGGCCCUAGGCACAACUGAAUUAAAGGGCUCCCCUAAUAAUUUUGAAUAAAACAUAUUCAAAAUGAGUAUGAAAAUGAACUCUCACCUUUUCCACUUGAAUAUAUAUAUUUUUUAAAUAUUUAACUAAUAUAAAAUUUUGUUUAACAAAUUAUUGUGGGCUACCAUCCUGCAGGAGUCCUAGGCAUAUACUUAGUCUAUUAUGUAUUAAUCCAACCAUGGUGAUGCUCUAUAUUAAUGAAAAAAUACUUAUUUUGACUUUGGAAGUUAUUUCUGAAAAUAAUAAGUUUAGAAGAGAUUGUUUAAUUAUUCUCAAUUUUGUUGUAACAGCUAAUUAUUAUCUAAUGUAAGUGUAUAAUAUGUAGUGCAUCUUACUGUUUUUCCUCAUUCUUCCCCUUUCUGUUCAGAACAUGAUCAUGUCAUGUUGAUUUUCAGAUUUUACAUUUGGGUUCAGAGAAUGUUUGGUAAAAUACAUUUCUUACAAAUUGUUUGAUAAGAUCUUUAAUACUUCCAUGUCUUCCAUGUUUUGGCUUGUUGUUGGCCAUUUAAAGUAUGAACUAUUAUAUUAUUCUCAAUUAGCAAAAAUUUUUUGACUGGUGUAAGUAGACAAAAUUUUAACAAGGGUCUUUUGCCAUACAUGUUGAAAAAGAAUGAAUUUUUUUUGUUCUAGAACAGUUGCAGAUAAGAAAAAAAUAAUUAAGAAUGUUCUUGGUAUUGUUUUCAUGCCAAUUAUCCUGGAAAAUCAAAAGUAGAUUCGUUUAUAUUCAGCAUCAGAAAUUUUGAUGAUGUAAACUAUAAAUUCUUUGUAGUAUUGCUUCUUGUACUGUAAAAUAAAUUUGGAAGCCUAAUCAGUUCCGUAAAUGAUAUGCCUUAAAUAUAAUUUAGAAAAUAAAUUUUGUUUGAGAAAGGAGUGUGGUAGGGUAAUUUAUUUAUUAAAAGAUUUAUUCAAAUAAUCUUUUUCCACUUUGUAAAACAAUAAUUUUCAAUAUAAAUGAAGGAGGUUUUGCAAUCCUCUAAUACUACUUUAUAGUUUCAGCCUUCCUCUUCUUAUAUUGAUUUUCAUACUUGUAUUGAGUUUGUUUCAUUGCUAUUUUUGUAAUUGUAAUUGUUCCCUUUUUGAAUUUUUUUUUAAUAGUUAACAGACAAAAAAAAGUUGAUGUUUAGCUUCAGGCAGUGUCUUUUUCACCCAGUAUAUUCAAUUGUAUUGUAUUUUAGAAAAUGUAUUACAUCUUAGAUGUACAUCCAGGAACUGCCUAAAGGGGAGAGUACAUGUAAGAGCAAAAACACUUUUAUGGAAAAGUUUCAUUUGUGAUCAUUGUGGUUCAAUCUUUUAUGGUUAAUGUAAUAGGUAAAGAGCAAAUGAUGUACUAUUGUAUAGUAAAUUUAAUAACCUACUGAUCUAUUGUCAAAUUUGAAUUAAAUUGAAAAGGAAUACAACAUGGAACAUAUUUAAACAUUUUUGGGUAAAGAGAAGAUGCACGCCCUUGAGGUCCACCCUUUGAAUCUGUCCCUGAAUCAUUUAGAAAAUGGUACUGUCUUUUAGAAAACGGAGUUUAGGGGAGUAUAUUUGGGAGUGACAGCAGCUGAUUACUUGAUAUUCAUCAGCUGGACAGAAAUAUCUUUCUUGAUUAUUGAAAUUUGAACUUGUUUCGCCAAUCAAUAUAUUUUUUAUAUGUAAUACAGGCUUUUCAUAAUUCCUGUAACAAUGCUUUUUAUUUUAUUUAUCAGUUUAUCAAUGUUUUUACAUACUUUUAAAUGAAAGUGCAAUGAAAUAUACUUCAUCUUUAAAUCAUAAUUUUAGAUCAUAUAUUCAAUUUGAAUCUCAUUUUAACUUUUAAUUUUUGUUUAUUACUGUUUUAUUCUCAGAAGUUAUGAAUUUGUGUUGAUAAAAACUUCGAAAUACAUGGGAGUUCAGCAGUGUCAAUAAAGUCUUCCCAUUUUUGACUAUUUGGUGCAAAUUCAUGUACUGCCGUCCCUUUUGUGCCUUGUUGCUUUGUCAUCAAUACAGGAGUCAUAAGAAUUUUUUCUUUCAAAUUUUUCAUCUUCUUUGUUGCUGAAUAUUGUUUUAUAAAAAAAUGACAUUUCUUGUGUAGUAAAUUUUAUUUAUUAUUGAAAUUAUUUCAGUUUUAACCAAAUCAGUAGAGAAAUUAUUUACUAUUUUGUGAACAAAUGUAUGUGGUUGUAUUUUUACAUUUAUUCAGUGUACCUUAUUUUAUUAGUUUUGUGACAUUGCUCCCAAUAAUAUUGACAACUUACUGAUGACAGUAUUCAGUUGAUGAGUAACUUUGUUACUGCUCAUGAUGUGAGUGGACUGAUUUUAAUGUAGAAUGUUCUUUUAUCAUUGUGAAAAUAAUCUACUAUGUAAUACUAACCUUUGUACUUCAGAGAGGACUUGUGAGUAGAUAUAAAUACAAAAACCCCUUCUGUUUUUUCCCCUCUUAGUGUGUAGUAUAAUGCAGCAUUUCUGUAGCUUCAUUAUUGCUUAAGUGCCAUAUGCCUAAAAGUAAUGAUGUAUGUAUGUGAACAAUGUGUUUAUUGUUGUGUGUGUAUAUAUAUGUAGAACUCUUCAUUUAUAAAUGUAAUUUAUAUUCAAAUUUGCCUGGUGCAAGAUAUAUGUUUUAUAAUGAUAUGUGUAAAUUCUGAUUGUCCUUGAUGAAGGGGAAUAUACUGUUUAAAAAAUAAAGCAUGAAUGCUGUACUUCACAUGUAAUAUGACGUUUAAUUGGUUAAAAAUUAAAUGUUAUUUUGAUGGUAAUAAAACUUUUCAUACAAUACAGUAUUUUUGUAUCUUUCUUGAAAUGUUUUCCAUCACAAUGUUUGUUAAAGUAGGCUUGUAGUUAAGUGUUGUUUAGGACAUUAGGCAGUCAAAUAUUUCAUUAAAAAUGUUCAAAACUGCUUAUUCUAUUAAAAAUAUUGAAUUAAUUAAAGGAAAAUUACUACAUAGAUUCAAUAAAUAAAAAUAUGGAAU